AUGUCUUGCUACAAGGGAAAAUACCAUGACGAGCUUUGUGCCAAUGCCGCCUAUAUCGGCAGCCCGGGCAAGGGAAUCUUAGCCGCCGACGAAUCAACCGGGACGAUUGGGAAACGCCUCGCGAGUAUAAACGUCGAGAACAAUGAAUCAAAUAGAAGAAUUUUUCGAGAACUUCUCUUCACCGCCCCCGAUACUCUUCAAUACCUUAGCGGAAUCAUCCUUUUCGAGGAAACGUUAUACCAAAAAACCGCGGCGGGUAAACUUUUCGUGGAUGUCAUGAAAGAAGGAGGCGUUCUACCCGGAAUCAAAGUCGACAAAGGCACGAUAGAGCUCAAGGGAACAAAUGGAGAGACCACCACUCAGGGUCUCGACGAUCUUGCUCAGCGUUGCAAGAAGUAUUACGAAGCCGGUGCCAGGUUUGCCAAGUGGCGAGCGGUCCUAAGCAUUGGACCGAACGAGCCAUCCCAGCUUUCGAUGAAUGAAAACGCAAAUGGUUUGGCUCGUUACGCCAUAAUCUGUCAGGAGAACGGGCUAGUCCCGAUUGUCGAGCCCGAGAUACUUGUUGAUGGUAAACACGACAUCGACAGGUGCGCUGAUGUAACCGAGCGGGUGCUAGCCGUGGUUUACAAGGCAUUGAGUGAUCAUCACGUUUGUCUCGAGGGAACCCUCUUGAAGCCGAACAUGGUCACCCCCGGUUCUGAGGCCCCUAGGGUUUCGCCCGACGUGAUCGCGGAAUACACGGUUCGUGCAUUGCAGCGAACCAUGCCUCCCGCGGUUCCAGCAGUGGUGUUCUUGUCCGGAGGACAGAGUGAGGAGGAAGCGACCGUGAACCUAAACGCGAUGAACAAGUUGGCGGUGAAGAAACCUUGGACAUUGACAUUCUCGUUUGGUAGGGCUCUUCAACAAAGCACGAUCAAAGCGUGGGCGGGAAAAGAAGAAAAUAUUGCUAAAGGUCAACAAGCUUUACUCACGAGGUGCAAGGCUAACUCGGAGGCGACCCUCGGAAAAUACCAAGGCGGCACCGGGCUUGUCGAAGGUGCUUUCGAGAGUCUACAUGUCAAAGACUAUAAGUAUUAG